CGCUCUGUUGUUCCUUUCUUUUGCUUGGUAAAGAAGUUGGAGAGUGAAGAAGAGAAAGAAGAUGGAGGAAGUGCCAAAGAGCAUUGCACACCAAAUCGGAGGAGUCCAAAAUGAUGUUCUUCGGUUCGGACUUCAAGGGGUCAAGAGCGACAUCGUUGGUUCUCACCCUCUUCAAUCUGCCCAGGAAUCUGCUAGCAGGAUCAAUGAAGUAAUGAAGAGGCAAUGUAUGGUCAAUUUAUAUGGAACUGCUUUUCCACUGAAGAUGGACCUCGACAGGCAAAUACUAUCUCGAUUCCAGAGGCCUCCAGGAACAAUUCCUUCUUCAAUGCUGGGUUUGGAGGCUUUUACAGGAAGUCUUGAUGACUUCGGUUUUGAGAAUUAUUUAAAUGACCCUCGUGAAUCAGAGACUUUACGGCCAUUGGACUCGCAUCAUGGAAUGGAAGUUCGCCUUGGUCUAUCUAAGGGGCCGGUUUUCCCAAGUUUUAUGUAAUUGAAGCAUCUCGUCUUUAAUUAUAAGGAAGUGGCUCAAGGAACCUGCAUGAUUAUUCGUUAACUUUUUGUUGUAUUUUUUUUUAUGUUAAGGAUGCUAUCAAUCUUUUGGUCAGUAUGAACACUGCAUGCCUUUACAAGUGAAACUGAUUUUUAUAA